AUGGCACCUCCACCUCCUUCAACAGCUCCCCGAGUAAUUGCUCUGGUUUUGAAGGUCUUCAUGUUUGCUCUUCUCUUAGCAUCGCUCGUCGUACUCGUCACCGACACCGCAACCGUACCAUUAGACAUAAUCUUUGAGUUAAAAGUUCGUUUCGAUGACGUCUAUACUUACCGAUACGUGCUUGCUUCAAUCAUCAUUGGACUCGUAUACUCACUCUUGCAAACCGCUUUCUCUCUGUACCAUCUUGCCACUGGAAAUCGAUUGAUAAGUGGGGAUGGCGGCUUUGUUUUCGAUUUCUAUGGUGACAAGGUUAUAUCUUAUGUGAUGGCCACCGGUUGUGCUGCUGGAUUUGGUGCAACCACAGAUCUAAAGGCAUUGGCUGAUGCAAGGAAGCUUGAUUUCGAAGACUAUUUUGAUAAAGCAUACGCUUCUGCUAGCCUGCUCCUCCUGGCAUUUCUCUGUGCUGCCGUUUUAUCUGUUUUCUCAUCGUAUGCUCUCCCGAAAAUGGUUAAUGAAAGCGGAUGA